UCAAUAUUUUAUCAAAUAGGAAAAAGGUACUAAUGUGGGCUGCAGAAGAAGAGUCAGAGAAACUUCAAUAAAGGGUCAAAGCUCCAGUUGGGGAUUUGAGAUUCUCAAUUUCAAUUCCCUUUUCAGUGCGAGAAUAAGUGAAACUCCAAGUAUCAUCCUGUAGUUUCCCUGCAUUUUGAAGCUUAGACCUGGCAGAAAAGGCAUGUGUAAAGCGACUCCAGAAGGAAUAUAGAGCACUUUGUAAAUGCAGGAACCUGUCUCCCAUGUUGUGGCCCGCCCUUCUCCAAAUGAUAUUCUUGAGUGGCAUUAUGUUUUGGAGGGGAAUGAAGGAACACCCUUUGCAGGUGGAUUAUAUUAUGGUAAGAUCAAGUUUCCUCCAGAAUAUCCAUUUAAACCUCCUGGAAUCAGCAUGGUUACUCCAAAUGGAAGGUUUAUGACGCAAAAGAAAAUUUGUUUAUCUAUGAGUGAUUUUCACCCAGAGAGCUGGAACCCGAUGUGGUCUGUGUCAAGCAUACUCACUGGACUGCUCUCUUUUAUGAUGGACACCAGCUCUACCACAGGCAGUGUAACAACAACAGUUGCUGAGAAACAGAAGCUUGCUAAGGCUUCUCUUGCUUUCAAUUGUAAAAACCCUGCCUUUAGAAAAUUGUUUCCAGAAUAUGUGGAGGAGUAUGAAGAGCAGCAGCUCCUGGUGCAUUCUGUUCAGGAGCAAGUGUCAUCCAUGCCAACUCAAGCGGAAAAUUGCACACCCUUAUUGGAUGGUUUGAAUAGAGUAGAGCCCCGUAAGGACAUGGAAAUCCAACGGAGGAAAUCUUUGCCAACUUGGUUGUUGCUGUUGCUAGUAUCAAUUUUUGGUGUCGUUAUGGCUCUGCCGCUACUUCAGCUUUGAUGGUGAGUUCCAUUAGCAGGGAACUUGCUACCCUGUAGAACAAAGCAUCCGAAAUCUAUGGUUGUGUAAUACUUAUAUGUGUAAUUACCAUUAGUGCAAAAUGUUCUAGGUUUGCCAUAUAUCUCUUGGGAAUGUAUAGGCAUGCCUUUACCCUUGCAAGAUGUUGUGGUUACACCAACAUUUGGUAAAUGCAAGUUUAGAAAAGUAAAUUUAAUUUCA